GUAGCCUGCUUCUCCUUCUCCACAACUUCAUAGCUUACCAAGGUUCCUUUUUUUCUUUUUAUUUUUUUCCUGAGCUUAACAAAUGGCUUUGGUUUCAACUCAGAAACUGCCCAUGUAUUCCACUUCUACUCGUGCAAAGCUCACCUUACCCCAAGCUGUGUUCGGGCAGAUGCCUGUGCUUUUUCCACCAACAUUACAAAUUGCUAGAAGGGCAGAAUUGACUAUGUUUAAUUUCCAAGGCCCUAAUGUGGCUAAAUUUGUAGUUACCGCAUCACUUCAAAGACAAGGGGAAAAUGGUGAGAGGGUGGUUCUCUUGGAAAGUGGGUGGAAGCCUGUGGUUAGGGAGCUUGGAUUGAGAAAAGGAGACACGGUGAGGAUUCGUCUCUUGGACAACAUGGCGUGGACUUAUUCCAUUGAAGUGGAAAGGGCGGCCUACCAACCGAAUCAACCGGCGGUGAGGAUGGCGUUCGACCUGAACGAGCUUCCCGCGGCCAACAUGGAGAUCAAUCUCAACGAUGAAGAGUGAAGAGGGGAGUAGGAGACUGAUCUGAGUGUUACUCGCCCGUGAAAAAAAGUUCCGGUGAGAUGACACCGGGAGAGUAUCGAGUUCCACGGAUCUAAUGGAGGAAUUAAUGGCGGCCGGGAAGUACAGGUUCCGAACAAAAAGGGAGUUCGUUG